AUGGAUGAAACAACAAGAACGCCGGGUACUCCGUUUAGUACUCCCACUAGCGUCUUAUGUAAUGAAGGAGAAGCUAGGGGUACUCCGUUUACUCCCUUUAGCGUCUUAUGUAAUGAAGAUAAAGCUUUCUUGAAUAUGGGUGAAACGGGUACGCCGUUUCCUCCCUCUAGCUUCUUAUUAUGUGAUGAAGAUGAAGCUUUCUUGAAUAUGGAUGAAAGAACAAGAAGGGGUGAUCACUCUUACACUUUUCUUUCUCCGGACCUCUUGUGCCAUGGAGGCGUCCAAACUUCCUUGAAUAAUGAGUUAUACGAGGCAAAAACCUUUAUGGGCUUAAAUCUAAGCUUUGUUUCAUGGGAUGAAGACGAGCAUAUUCAAAACUUGGUUCAGAGAGAGAGUAGUACUGAAUUCGGAAUAUCCAAAAGUUUUGUGACAUCUUCCUGUGAUCAUUGCUCAAGCAAAAGUCAAAGUUGGUUGGAGGAUGCUCGCUUGGAAUCCAUUGAGUGGAUUUUCAUGGCUCGGGAAUACUAUGGUUUCCUUUACCAUACAGCUUAUAUAUGCGUGACUUAUUUUGAUCGUUUCCUUUCAAUGCUGCCCAUUGAUGAUGGGGAGCUUUUGGCUAUUCGAUCGCUUGCCGUAGCAUGUUUGUCUUUGGCAGCAAAAAUGGAGGACAAGAAAAUCACGGGGCUAUCAGAACUGUCAGGCUACAAUUUUGAGCGGGAGGUGACUUGGAAAAAUGAGCUGAUUGUUCUUGAAGCAUUCGAAUGGAAAAUGAUUCCAGUAACUCCUUUUCAUUAUCUGCAUUAUUUCAUCAAUAAAUUCUGUGGUGUCGCUAUACCGCCGGGAGAAUUGGUCUCUAGAGCCGUGGAACUUAUUAUGGCUGCCAUCAAAGAGGUCAAUUUAAUGGAUCAUCGGCCAUCUAUUAUAGCUGCGUCUGCAGUAUUAAGAGCAAUUGAUGGUCAAUUAACUAAAGAACAAUUCCAGCUCAAGAUGAAUGGUGUGAUUUCAUUAUGGGGAUCUAUAGAAAAUGAACAUGUGCUUUCCUCUUAUUAUAUGAUAGAGAACAUAGCGAUGGGAAAAGUUAAGACAGCCAGGCCGCCAGGAAGUUCCUCAAUACAUUCAAGCUUAAUAGGUGUCAUUGAGAGUUCUUCUCAUCCACUUGCUGUUCGCAUCAGGAGGAAACUUGGCUUACGGCCAACCAAGAUCAAAAGAGAAGCUGCCAGUCAUAGUUAG